GGAGGGGGUGGUGGUGGUGGAGGAAGCGCGCUCGCUCUCUACAGCGCAUGCGUACCAACUACAGGGUGGGUGCUGGGGUGGAGGCUUUGGAUUAGUGCUGCAGGCACGAUACCUGUUGCUGUUGAGAUGGAGCAGCACACUAGUAAUCCGACUAAUGACAAAGCCAAAGAGGAAGAUAAUGAUGCUGUGUGUCUUUGUCCAGCAAAACCCUCCCCCAGUUAUAUUAAUCUUCAAGCAAAUUCCCUGCCAGCCACUUUCUUGAACAUCCAGACAACAAAACUGCCUUCAGGAGCUGGCCAGAAGCCGAAGGAAUGCCUAGGACUCCUAGAAUGUAUGUCUGCCAACCUCCAGCUUCAGACCCAGCUUGCCCAACAACAGAUGGCUAUUUUAGAAAACUUGGAAGCAUCCCUAUCACAACUGGGUCCCGGGAGGGAAAGCAACAAUGGUUCUUUCCCAGCCUUAUGUUAUAAUCUGUUGUUAAAUCACCUGCCCCAGUUCCAUAAAUGAACUGUGGAACACA